AGUGAGAUCCUACCCGCACAGCUGAUGUUGUCAAAUGACUGGACACGGCUACAAGAAUUGACCAAUGGCGACUCAGCGUUUCGGAGGUUUUCCGCUUCCCCUGAAGUUCUUGACAGAUCCGACUCCAGAUUGAAAGAAUUCAAGAUGGCUGCUACAGGUUGUAAGUAAAGAGGUAACUCCUGGUUCAUGCUGCUGUGCAUGAAGCUGUCCUGAGGUUGCAGUGUUGCAAGUGCAAGUACUACAUCCCCAAGCUCCUCUUGCAUCUCAUCAUGUCCUCCACCUCUUCCUCGUACUCCUCCUCGGGGGAGACUAGUCCAGAGGAUGUACCCCGAGGUGGGGGCACCAUCCGAGUCUACCUCCCAAACAAACAGAGGACAGUGGUGAAUGUUCGUGGAGGACAGACUGUGUACGAGAGUCUAGACAAAGCACUCAAAGUGAGAGGCCUAAGUCAAGACUGCUGUGCUGUGUUCCGCCUUCUAGAAGGUCGUAAGAGACUGACAGACUGGGACACAGACAUCACUCCUCUGGUUGGAGAGGAGCUUUUAGUCGAGGUCCUUGAUGAUAUUCCCCUCACCAUGCACAACUUUGUACGGAAAACCUUCUUCAAGCUAGCUUACUGUGAUUUUUGCCACAAGUUUCUUUUUAAUGGCUUCAGAUGUCAGACAUGUGGCUACAAAUUUCACCAGCACUGUAGUAGCAAGGUCCCUACUGUUUGCGUCGACAUGGAUACUGUGAGCAAACGGUGUGAUCCUAAUCCUUGCACAGAUGAGUACCCACAGAUACUAUUGCCAGAAAAUUCCCCUUCACAGAGCAACCUAGCCUUAACCCCAGAGCCUGCUGGGAUGGACCUCUUGUCCCCAACCUCGGCCUUUCACUUCCCCAUGCCUGGAGGAGAUGGCCAGUCCCUACAAAGGCAUCGCUCCACCUCCACUCCCAAUGUUCAUAUGGUCAGCACAGUGGGCCCUGUUAGUGCCAGCAUGAUCGAGGAAGCACUGAAAUACAACAUCCCAACAGGUCCUGAGCCCUCACCGAAGCCCUCCACCAGCCCUCCCUCUUCCCUUGGCUCUCCAGGUAGGAGACCACCAAAGUCUCCCUCAGAGCACAAGGAGCGCAAGCCCUCCUCAUCCGAUGACAAAAAGAAAGUGCACCGAGGUGGCUACAGAGACUCGAGUUACUACUGGGAGGUCCACUCUCGAGAAGUGACCAUUCAGAAGAGAAUAGGUGCUGGCUCCUUCGGGACAGUCUUCAAGGGGAAAUGGCAUGGAGACGUGGCAAUCAAGAUCCUCAAGGUCACUGAACCAACGCCUGAACAGUUACAGGCCUUCAAAAAUGAAAUGCAGGUCUUACGGAAGACCCGCCACGUCAACAUCCUGCUGUUCAUGGGCUACAUGACUAAGCCCAACUUUGCCAUCAUCACACAGUGGUGUGAAGGCAGCAGCCUGUACCGCCAUCUGCAUGUCUCUGAAACCAAGUUUGAGACAAUGAGGCGCAUUGAUGUGGCCAGACAGACGGCACAGGGCAUGGAUUACCUUCAUGCGAAGAACAUAAUUCACCGAGAUCUGAAAUCAAAUAAUAUUUUUCUCCAUGAGGGCUGGACUGUUAAGAUAGGUGACUUUGGCUUGGCCACAGUGAAGUCUCGGUGGAGCGGUUCUCAACAGGUGGAACAGCCGAGUGGAUCCAUUCUCUGGAUGGCUCCUGAGGUGAUCCGGAUGCAGGACAGCAACCCAUAUACGUUCCAGUCUGACGUAUACGGCUAUGGAGUAGUGCUGUUUGAGCUGAUGUCAGGGACCCUGCCUUACUCCAAUAUCAACAACAGAGACCAGAUAAUCUUUAUGGUUGGACGUGGUUACCUGUCUCCCGACCUCAGUAUGCUGUAUAGUACCUCUCCAAAGUCAAUGAAAAGGCUGAUUAUUGACUGCCUGAAGUUUAAACGUGAUGAGAGGCCCCUGUUUCCACAGAUCCUAGUGGCCAUUGAGCAGGUACAAGACCUGCUGCCAAAAAUUGAGCGGAGUCGCUCAGAGCCAUCGCUCCAUCGGGCCGUCCAUGCAGAGGAACUGAAUCCCCUCCUGUUCCACACCACCAGGCUAUUGCCCCUCUAAGCUCCCUGCAGCGGUGGGCAGAGAGGCUGUCAAUCAGUCCAACACCACGUCAUUCCUGUGCCUCGGAGAGGCCACAGCUGGACCUCCUGACAGACCACGACCCCCCCAGCUCACUCUCUGCCCCCACAGAGCCUUGGAGCUUCACCACUCAGUAACAAAGUGCAGAAAUAACCUUAAAAUGUUGCUUAGAGUGAUAGUGAAUGUUGUUCUUCUUUAUACAAGUGAUAAAUAUCUGGUCACUCAUGAAAGAAUGGUUGACUGUAUCUAGAAGUAAGUUAAAAUGCCUACAGAGAUCAGGCCAACAGAGAAAAUUCAUCUAACAGGUUGACUUCAUGAGACACUGACCUUAUGCGAGUGACAGGAUGUUGACUUGUUUUGACAAAAAUGUAAAAUCAUUAUGUUUUACAUGUGCACUGCAAAAUUGCACUGCUCAUUUCCAACAGUAAAAUAGUCUUACUCAGUCAGACCUUUGAGGAGCACUGUGAUCAUGGUCAAACAUUUUAAUCUGUUUAACUCAGCCAUGAUGCCUGUUGGUUCAGGUCACCUGAUUAGCUUACAUACUUCAAAUACUCUGUGGUAAUGCGCCUCUUUUGGUGUAAUGUAAUGUAAAUGAGGUUGAAGUGCUGAGAUGUGAAGCAAGUGAUUUCAAAGCAGAUGAAGUGCCUGUUUGAGAGUGUUUUUUUUUUAUUAAAGAUAGGAUAUUUUGUCUCAUUUGGAACCUCCAGUCAUUACUGCAGACACAAACAAUAUAUUUAAUCACAACAACAAAGCAGCCUGAAGAGGCAGAGGGAGAUACACUAAGACCUUUAGAAUAGGUUUGUACAAGUUUGUCCAUACACUGAGCUAUGCAGAACUAUUGAACUAUGUGAAACUGUCUGCAUAUCGAAGCAUAGCAGUGAAAGACCAACUCUUUAGAAUAACAUUUCUUUAUCUGGACAGAUGUCCUUAAGCAGGCACUCCUUUGUCUUUCAAAUUACCAAGUAAUUUUGAACCCAAGCUUCAAUCGACCCACCUGUCAACUGUCACAGUUCAAACACCAAAAGAGGAUUUUUACGUGUGGAAGUUGAGUUGUCCAAGCAGGACCUGGUCAUAUUGGCUGUAAAUUCAAACCAGAGAUAAGCAUUAGAUAAAGAUGUGCAUUCUAAUUCUCUUUAAAAUCUGUUUAGUCUUAAAACCAAAUUGUCUGGGAACAAUACAACUGGCCAAAUUUAACUUGAUUCAGUAAUUUUUUUCAGAGUUUUACAAACAUAAUAAUGGAAUCAUGCUCCAUCUUAAUCCGCUAUCAAUUCCUGGAUCAAAAGGAUUUCAAGUUGUGAUGUUAUUUACCUGACUUUUGUUUUUGCAUUAAGUUCAGGUUGAAUGCAGGAUUCAUUUGUUGGGACCAAUAUUCUCCAGGGAAGAAUAUUUCUGAUAUUCAACAUUUCCAAGUCAAAAUUUUGCGUUACCACACAUUUUACUAAUGUCAGUGCAGUAAAACAAAACUUUGAAAAAAAUCAGUUAAAUCACCCAGGAGAAUAUUUAAAUGUUCUGCUUUGGGGCUCAGUAAACCGACCACUAUUAACAACUCCCAACAUUUCAGACAUGGGUGAGUGUGACCGGUUAUCUUGUGUAAAAUCAAAAGUUUGCUGGUCUACCCCAACACGGUGACAAUGAAAAAUUCCUGCGUUUUAUUCCACAGAUUUCUUUUGUACUAGUUUAAAAUCAGAAUGUCAUCACUCUCUGGAUUCCAGGAUUGGAGAUAGGAUGGCUUUUACUGAGGUCAUAUCAUAAAUUGUCAUUUUUAGCCUAACGAGGAACUGACAAAUCCUAGCAAGAGAUAGUCAUAGGUAAAUGUUAAGUUGUAUUGCUGCUACAUUUUGUGACAUUUUCAUUUUUUUUCUACACCUAGAACAUGAGAGACACUUGUCCCACCUGACCGCACACAGCUUAACACGUAUUUUGCUACCCUGUCUUAAAACAAAUUCUUAAUGCCCUCAAACCUUGCAUCAUGGAUUAGCUACUAUAUUAUAUGCAUACAUGCCCACACGCAAACACUUAAAGUACUACUGUGAUUCUUCGGUGGAAUAAUUGACACUGUGAGUGACGUGGUAAUUGGUUCCUCAAAAUAACAGUUGUAGACCUUACUUAAUGUAAGAAUGUUUUGUUGCUUUUUUCCAGGCAAAAAGCUAAAUUGGGUUUCUAUUGAAACAAGAAAGCAUGGGAAUCUUUUGAUGGAAGUAUGAUGACAGUAAUUCAACAUGUUCAUAUUCUUCCACUAGUUUUUCAAUCUUUAAAUAAAAAUUCCUUCUCCUGCUCUCACCUCUGGAAAAAAAUGAUCGAGCUAAACAGUGACUUGUUGACCAUGUUGCUCACAGUGUUAUCUCUGCUUUAGUCAUGGAACUAGUUCCUGAUGUCUUUUGUCCAAUAUGGUAAAUGGACACACACAAAAACCUCCAUUCGUUUCCCCCAGUUACUUUAUGACCCAUGAGGCAAUGCUCAGGUGUAUCAGGCUUCAUGAUGCAAUAACUUUCCUAUAGGUGGAUGUAUCGUAACUUAAGCUGAGAUGGUUAAUACAACCUGCCUUACAUAACGCUAGCACAGGGUAAAAAUACAGGCUACAGCUACUUUAAGACCUUCCUAAUCAAAGAUGAAACUAAAGUGGUGUUUUGGUUGUAGUUUAGAGGUCAGUGUCUGCUGCAUUACGGGCUCUCGUUGACAUUGAAUUCAACUCAGGAUUGGUCGAACAUGACGGCUGCUCCAGUUGUUGGAGAUUAUUUACUGUGCCUUGUUGAUCGGGGUGCAGACUGAAACACAGCUCCCACUGAGCAAAAUACAUCAUGGAAUUUAAUUUUAGUUUGGGACACUGAGCAUUUCAAGGAUUAAAAAUAUAAUCCCACGUGAAAGCAUUGUACACUGAUAUUGACCCAUGAGAUCUGGAGGUGGAAGGUGGGACUUUGUGCUGAACCAUGCUGAGAGCUGCUCUCUCAGCUUAUCUGAUCUGUGACACUAGUGGGAGAUACUGUAUUUCUGUUGUUAGUGUCUGCACUACCAAUGUUAAUGAUUCCAGUGGGGCUUCAACAGAACAGGAUUGUGGCGUCUGCUUAGUGGUUUCAGAUCUGCUCUGAAUAGAAGUAACCACGCUUGGUGUGGUCAGAUUAUUAGAGACAAAAUAAAAGCACUACUUGAGAAACUUUAGCUUUGGCCUUCUGCCAAUAAGGUUACAGAGGACAAACGGUAGCAUCAGCAGCAGUUGUACUUUGGGUUGAAUAAAGGUUCUGUCAGUAGAUACAUACCUGAUCUUUUUAGUCACAGUACAAGUAGUACUUUUUAACACGUUCCUGUUUGUUUCGAAAGCAAACAAGAUACAAAAGUAGAUGUUUGAAUAAUAGUUUCUGUAACAGUUUGCCCAAUGGUCAUAGAAUUGUGGAUGUUCAGUUUUCCAUUUUUCUAAGCACUUUAAGGACUUGAUGUGUUGAGGAGUAGAUUUUUGUCAAAAACAGCAGCUCUCAGCCCAUGAUCCAUUGAGUAUCUUGUGUACUCCAUUGCUAAAUGGAGACUGCGUUGAGUGAAAUGGUCAGAAGCCAGAACAGCCACUAAAAGGACCUUGUUUUAAGUUUAUGUCUCUGUUCACUGCAGUUGCACAUUGUUGGUCCAGUUUGUGCUACUGGUCAAGGUGUCCACUGAAACACCUGCGGUCCUACGUAGACAUGGUGAUCGUUGGGUGGAUACAAAUACAGAGUGUAGAAAUAGCAGCACCUUCCUUAAUAUUGUAUCCACUCUUUCAGGGUGUCCUUUACCAGAGCUUUUACGCAGAAAUAUUUUCUCUAAAUGUUCUACAUUUCUGUAGCACUCUCCUGUGUGUGACUGGUCUUUUUCCUGGAUCUAAAGGUAACAAUUAGGGUAACUCUUUGAUUUAGUUGUUUAUGCACUUGUUGCUACUAUGGUUUGGAUUUGAUCAAUUCAAAGCUCACUGUAUUAGCGUUAUGAUUCAUAUGAGUCUUGGUUCUAGCGUCACACUUGAGUAUAAAUACGCUUUCAGCAGCUGUGAGGGAGAAGUGUUGGGUGGUGUUGGGUGCUCUGCUGACCGGCUUCCUGUGUAAUACUGUAUGUGAUGUGACUGAGCAUGAAGUGGAACAGAUGUUUAUGUCUGUUAGUUGUUGACGAUUAAACCUUGAAACUUUAGUGUUGUGAAACUAGGGGCUGGGAACCCAAACUAUUCUUACUCAUUCCAGUUAUACUGAUGGAUCAUGGUUAUGUGUGGGGGGUGGGCAUUUAUUAACUGGGGUUGGAAAAGGCAGUGCUUGUCUUACUCUUAUUUAUUUAAGACCAUGGCUCUCUGAAGUGGAUGAAAUGUUUCCACAGACAGAUCGCGCUUUGAAACGUUUAUUUCUUCUCCACGGCAUCUCCAACAAGAAUGUUCUUUUAGGCACGGUACUGUCUGUCCCUUCCAAUCACUUUUAUUCUGAUACCGUUUACUGCAGGGGCAUUUGUCAUGGCUGUUCUUUUAGAUAUCUUUAGCACAGCGUAGUUUUGGCAACAUUUUGUUCAUAGGGUUUCACUACGUUAGCAUUUAUUAAUGGCAACACUUCAGAAUACUGUAAAAGUACCUUGUUAUUUUGGUGAGUGGUGUGAUCAACUUGAGCCUGUCCUGUGAUAUUUAAGUGUAGCUUUUAAGUAUUUGUUUGGCCUGAAGCUGCUGAGACGUUGAAAACAAACCCAUCAUUUCUAAACAAAGCGCUUUGUAUAAACUUGAGCAAUAGCAAGGACAGAAUGUCUUUUUUUUUUUUUAUCUGAAUGCAAGAUCAGGAAUACUUUAUAACAAUGUUGGACCAGGUUUCCUGUGCAUCGUUGCUCAGAGCUCAGAGGGACUUGAUGUAGCCAAUGACUGUAUUUGCCUGUUCACAAAGGACAUUUAAUCAUUGUGGCUCAAAUUUUUGUUAGUUUGGACUGUAAAAGACUGUCACAGACAAUUUCAUCAGGUAUCGAAAGGAGGAGGGAAGAGAGUGCCUCACUCACUGGAAAUCCCUGUAAAAAUGGACCGGAAUGGCGUCUUGUCUCAUUCAAGAUACUGUGCUGCCUCUGGAGACUUGUAGAGCCACUGGAGGAGAAAAGUAGUCUUAACACAGCUGAUUGUCUGUCUGAGUGAGAAGAGGAUGAGAGCUGUAUCAGAAUAGUUUUUUUUUUUGUCUUUUCAUAUCUGUAGACGAAUUACAAUACUUGUGUUUAUAGUUACUGAGGUGUCAGGGUUGUUCCGUUUGCAAUAAAUGGUAUAUUCUGCUGUGUACAGUUACAUUUUUUUAUUAAAAAAAAUUGUACUUGUUUAUAUUUUUUGUGUGAUGUUUCAGAAGAACAAAAUUAUUUUAAGUGUAAAGGAAAUCUUAGUAUUUUUUUAGUUUAUUGUCUUAAAAUAUUGAUGCAGGAUUUAUUCUUUAAAUAAAUAAACUGUUCUGUGUUA